UUGAAAAACAUUCAUUUAUUAAAAUUUACAAUAUUUUAUGUUAUCUUUUCCAUAACGCUCAAAUAAAAAUCAAAAUUUACCAUAAUAAUAUUAUAUACCCAGCUCCUGUUGAAAUUAAGAAGAUCCUUUUUGAUAAUCACGACAUUCCUAUCGCAGGUCAUUUAGGUUCCGUGAGAAUGUAUGACAGAAUUAAACAAUCGUACUUUUGGAAAGGGAUGCGUAGCGAUAUAGAAUCUUACGUAAAACAAUGCAAGUCCUGCCAAGAAAACAAAGCACUUAGGUAACUAAACCGCGCUCCGAUGCGAAUAACGAGCACUUCCAGCGAACCAUGCCAACGAAUAUCCAUGGAUAUCGUCGGGCCUCUGCCGGAAACGGGUCCUGCUAAACUUAGGUACAUUUUAACUUUUCAAGAUGACCUUACCAAAUUUUCGAGUGCCUACCCCAUCCGUAGUACUACAGCCGAAGAAACAAAAUUCAAACCGGAGGUCAAUGGCAACAGAACUAUGCUCAAACAAUCAACGCUAGCGCAGGAAUAUAUUUUGAUUAUUUAGGUAAUUUAAAAAUUAAUAGUGCUGUUUUAAAAAUCAUUGUACCUAUAGAUAUUUCACACCUUGAUCCACACAUAAGGAAUAUUAACCAUGUCCUCAAAAUUACUGAAGAUUACUGUAAUCAAAUCCCAACUAUUCGGUUAAAUACAGAUUGUCAUAGUAUGUUCCAACCUUUAGUUGUCCGCUAUCAUGAUUUAGAAAGAGGUUUCGAAGCGAUUUCCCAUUUACUAAACAAUAGAGUAAAACGUAGUUCUUGGUUUGGGGGUGUUGGCACAGCUCUAAAACACAUCAUUGGUACCCUAGACGAGGACGAUGCAGUAAAAUAUGAUCAAGCCAUAAAUAGUGUCCAAAAUGAUAUUAGACAAUUAUCCCAUUUAAUGAAAGAAAAUAUUUUAGUCACUACUUCCGCUUUAUCAUAUUAUAAUGAAAGUCUGAACAAGAUAAGAAAUAACGAAAUGAUAUUAAAUAACGCUAUUAAUAACCUCUCGUUGAACAUACUAAACAUUUCAGAGCUCACGAAUGAAUUGCAUAUGUGGACACAUAUAAAUAGAAUAUUUGACAGUUUAGAGUCAUCCAUACUUACAUUGUCUUUCCAGUUAGAAGAUAUAACAAAUGCAAUUUUAUUCAGUAGUCAAAACAUACUACAUCCAGCCAUGAUAACACCUCAACAGUUAUACCAAGAAAUAUCCGAUAACUACAGAUAUUUGCCUAACGGUCUAGAAUUACCUGUUUCAUUAGAUAUAAGUUCAGUUUAUAUAAUUUUAAAAUUAUGCAAAAUAAUUUGUUACUAUAUUAAUAAUAAGAUAAUAUUUCUGUUGCAAGUCCCAUUAGUAAAAGUUGAUCAAUACAUGUUGUUCCACAAUAUCGCUUUACCUACUCCAUACAAUUCUAAGCAACCGAAUUCAUUUAGUUUAAUUAUACCAAGCAGUAAAUACAUUGCAAUGACCAAAGAUAAGACUCAUUACUGCAACAUAGACAACCUUGAACUCUGUAUAACCAUACAACCCGGUGAAUUCAUUUGUGACAUACCUAACAUAUAUUCUAUAGACGCAAAACCCAGUUGUGAAAGUGAGUUUUUGUCCAAAAUUAUCAGUGAAGUUCCUAGACAGUGUGAUACAAAGUUUAUUUUUGGUAGUCUUGAUAUUUGGAAACCGAUACAGAAUAAUAGGUGGCUUUAUGUGCAAACCAAGCCUAACAAAGUGUCUAUAGAUUGUAUAAAUUAUAUGCAUGAAAUUGAUAUAAUAGGAACCGGUAUAUUUACCAUUCCUGACCAUUGUACUGCAUUCUGUAAAAGUACUACAUUGACACCUAAAUAUAAUGUGUUAAAUAUUACGUCACCCAUUAACAGCAUUCCAGAAUUUAAUGUUAUCAACGACCCUUGUUGUAAUUAUGCUAAGUUUAAUAUUGUAAUAGAUAAUGUGUCCCCUACUAAUCUUCAAAAUAUAGAUCUUGAUGAAAUAAAUUCGAAAAGUAAACUUUUAACAAAUUCCAUUUUACAUAGUCUAAAUAACAUUGAAAACAAACCUCAUAAUAUCAAAUAUGGGACACACUAUUCUACUUUAGUAAUAGUUAUUUCAUUUCUUGCAACCUUAUAUCUAUUAUUUUUAAGUUUUAAACUUUUAAAAUACUUAAUGUUACUUUAUAGGAAUAAGAUAACCGUAGUAGAUAAACUCCCCACAGAACAUGAUUUGAAACAUACAGAAAUAGAAAUGGAUGACUUUGCUCCCACAAGGACACAAAUAUAACCAAAACUUAUUUACCCUAUAAGUUUUUGUCUAAAAGGGGGAGAUGUUAUACCAAUAAGAUGUAAACCUUAAUGCCAACACAAUACUAAAGACAGUCAUGUCAUCAUAAGUAAAAAGGAGAUAGAUACGAUUAGUUUAGUAGCAGUCAGUCUGCUUAGAGAUCUUAUCCAGAACGGUUGUUUUUAUUCAAUCCUAAUUACGAGUGUUAAAUCUUGUAUUUGUAUUAAUCAUUUCAAGUUAUUAAAUAUAGAUAAUUAAAAUAAGUUUUUUUUUUAAAAACUUGAAUCCACAAACUCGU